UUCCAAAAUCGCCAUGAACGCAAGCAAGCGGACUCCAGUCAAAUCGCUCCGCCCCUCCAAGGCGGCGGCGACGGCAGCGGCUGCCUCUGACCUGAAACCGAACCGGCCGGCCUUCGCCACUCCUCCAUCUCAUCAUAUCUACCACACGACCAGCAUCAUAUUCUUCGCCGUCUUCUUUUCCGUUGCCUAUUUCCUCCUCUAUCGUUGGAGAAAUAAGAUCCGAAACUCCCAACCACUUCACGUCGUCACACUUCCAGAGCUAGGCGCCGUUAUCUCUCUCGUAGCUUCCACCGUCUACCUUGUUGGUUUCAUCGGUGUAGAUUUCGUCCAUUCUCUCUUCACUGGAAAAUCUCCACAGAACAUCCAUUUAUGUGCUGCUGAGAGCGAAUCAAAGAAAAAGAUCACUAGGGUUGCGUUCAGAGAUGACUCCCUUGUACCUCAUCAUUCAUCUCCGGCAUCCGGAAAACCCGCUCCCGUUCUUGUCACGCCAGGAACGUCUGAGGAGAUAGUGAAGGCGGUUGUAGCCGGGACCAUUUCGUCUUACUCGCUUGAAUCGAAACUCCAGGACUGUAAACUUGCGGCGGCGAUUCGUCGUGAAGCGUUACAGAGAAUGACAGGGAAAUCGCUUGUGGGUAUGCCGUUGGAAGGGUUCGAUUAUGAAUCGAUUUUGGAUCAGUGCUGCGAAAUGCCAGUUGGGUACGUUCAGAUUCCGGUGGGAAUUGCGGGUCCUUUGCUGUUAAAUGGUAGGGAAUACUCAGUGCCGAUGGCGACCACGGAAGGGUGUUUAGUGGCUAGCACGAACAGGGGAUGCAAAGCCAUAUACUUGUCCGGCGGAGCGAGCAGCGUUUUGCUGAAAGACAGCAUGACGAGAGCUCCGGUGGUGAGAUUUCCGAGUGCUAAGAGAGCUGCUGAAGUAAAGUUCUUCUUGGAGGAUCCCAUGAAUUUUGACAACUUAGCCAUCGUUUUCAACAAAACAAGCAGAUUUGCCAGGCUAAAGGGUGUGAAAUGUGGAAUCGCUGGAAAAAAUCUGUACCCGAGAUUCAGCUGCAGCACGGGUGAUGCAAUGGGGAUGAACAUGGUCUCCAAGGGUGUUCAGAAUGUUCUAGACUAUCUUCAAGCUUAUUAUACAGACAUGGACGUUAUGGGCAUCUCUGGUAACUUCUGUUCGGAUAAGAAACCUGCUGCAGUGAACUGGAUAGAGGGUCGAGGGAAAUCAGUUGUUUGCGAAGCAGUAAUAAAGGAGGAAGUGGUAAAGAAGGUAUUGAAAACCAACGUGGCUAGUCUUGUCGAGCUAAACGUGCUAAAGAACUUAGCUGGGUCUGCCUUAGCAGGGUCUCUUGGUGGGUUCAAUGCCCAUUCAAGCAAUAUUGUUUCUGCACUAUUCUUAGCCACAGGACAAGACCCAGCUCAGAAUGUGGAAAGCUCAAACUGUAUUACAAUGAUGGAAGCUAUCAACGAUGGAACAGAUCUUCACAUCUCGGUCACCAUGCCAUCUAUUGAGGUUGGGACAGUUGGAGGAGGGACUCAAUUGGCAUCUCAAGCAGCUUGUUUGAACCUUCUUGGAGUGAAAGGUGCAAACCAAGAGAAUCCUGGCGCAAACGCCAGACAGUUGGCUAGUAUUGUGGCCGGAGCUGUUCUUGCCGGAGAGCUAUCUCUAAUGGCGGCGCUUGCCUCCGGUCAGCUUGUUAAAAGCCAUAUGAAAUAUAAUAGGUCUACAUCCAAUUCUAGCUAG